AUGGAGUAGGAGAUAGAAAUUAAAAAUAGUGAAAAUUCAGCUACAAAAACAACUUAAGAAAAUAAAAAAAAUAAAAAUAAUUUUAAGCCAUUUAUAAAAAGAAAAGCUCUUCAUUCUAAGGCUAAUUUAAAUGAAUUGUAUGUUAAAAAUGAAACUCACAUAAGCAUUUAUAUAAAAAGAAUUCAUAAAUUGAUUAAAGAUGGAGCAAAAACUAUUAUCAUACAUGGAAUGACUGCGAGUAUACCGAAAUGCGUAUAAAUAGCUUUGCAUAUGAGAGAGUAUUACUCUGACAUAACAACUGAAAUAGAAACAGGUAGCGCUAACACAAUAAUAGAUCAUUUACCAGAAAAAAAGGUUUCAGAUGAAGAUGCAAGUGAAGAAGAAUAAAUGGAUAUCAAAAUUAGAUCUACUAUUCAUAUAACUCUCAAAAAAGAGCUAAAUUUUUGA